CUUUUCGUGUCUUGACCUGACUUCUUCCAAUUCCAUAGUGAGUUUUGUGAAACAGCUACUCAAAUUGACUUCGUUGCGGAAAUACUUUGCCUUCGGUAGUUGCAUUAUUCUCUUCAGCAUACUUUGCUCUAUCACUUGCCUCAAGAUAUUGCAAACAUGCACCCUGGAAUGCUGUCCAAUCGAGCAGGAAGCACCACUCCUGUUCCAGCCCCUGCACAAGCCUCUUUGCCACCUUUCCUGCUCGGUGGAGCAUCUCAGUCGCCUCCUUCAAGGAGUGCCUACGGUAGCGGCUUGCCUCCAUCUGGUUUAGGUGGAUCAAGUCAAAAACACCAGGCCUUUCCUCAGCACAGACAAAGCCCUGGAUCUCCUAAAAGCCGCAAGGAUGUCACCAAUACUGCACCACCUGUGGAUGGCUUGUUUGAUGCAUCAGCUGCUGGCCACCCGCUCCAUGGUCAGGACACUGCUGGUCUGGGCGCAAGGACCACAGCUGAUGCUGGACUGGGUGCAAGUCCUGGUAUUUUCUCUGAUCAGUCAAGUGCAGCGUAUCCUAAGUAUGGCCAUCAUCAGCUGGCGAAUCCGAGUCCACUGGUUGCUUCUCCCGGCAUGGCUCCUGUAACUCCUUUUGCCGGCACAAUGGGUGCAUCUCACCACACUGGUGUGCCCGGUACAAUCAGACAACAGGGACAUCCACCAUCGGCACUAGCUACCGCUCAAAGCACCGAGUCUAUGCAUUCUCCGCAUACAACCCUCAAUGGGGACGCAUGUGGCGAUAUCACCGAGCAGUGCUGGGUGACUGUAUUUGGAUUUCCAGCUGAUGCAGCAGCGUACAUGCUGCAGGAAUUUGCACAUUAUGGCACCAUCAUUCGCCACAGUAUGGAUGUGAACACGAACUGGAUGCACAUCUGCUACCAGUCUCCCUUGCAGGCCAGGAAAGCACUCAGCAAGCAUGGUAAAGUUUUUAUGACCUCUGUUAUGGUGGGCGUUGUCCCUUGUACUGACCAGAAAGUCAUGCAACUUGAGCAGCACGCACGGCAUGAGCAGAGUUCUGCGGAUUUUACCAGCCCCGUGAUGAUGAGAGAACGCCAGGGAUUUGCGUCUCAAGGACAACAGCAAGCAGCGCGCCAUGGCACACCUGGUGGGAUGCGGCCACUCACCAGUUCAUUCCAGACACCCAAUGCUGCUGCUGGAUCUGCGAUGCGAGACCCAGACACAGCAACGCCACGCAAGUCUGAUGGUGUAAUCGGCAAAGCCAUGGAGUACAUGUUUGGCUGGUAGCACACUACACUAGACAUCAGACUGUUGACUUGUGUUUGUUUGUGACCGGCGUGCACCAAGCGGUCUCCUUUUCUACCGUUCUACUGUCUUUCUACAAAUGCUGUCAGUGGUGUAUACUUGACCCACCAAUGUCUACCUGGCUACCUGGCUAGACUAGCAACUGACCACUACCUACUACUACUCUGUGUCCCCCCCCCCCUUUUUUUUAAGACACCAUAAUUUUGGUGAGAUAUCGGGGCUUCGUAAAUUAUGUUCCUAUCUCUCACUCUUUCCGCAGCACUAUACCACAUUUAGCAACAAAUUCCUUGCUGUUCAUGCUUGUUUUUAACAUUUGUAUGCAUGUGUUUAGCAAGUGCGUGCAGUGUAGAAUCUGUGAAAUUGUAAUAGAACUUUGACAAUGUACAAUGUUUGUUUGUACCGCUAUAUAUUUUUUUGAUGAUACUUUAAGUAUUUCAUGGAAGAAUAGAAUGAAAUCAGGCAGCAUAGGUCCA